AUGGGUUCAAUUACAGAGCAAGAAGAUGACAUACCUACUUAUGCACCUUCUUUGCAAGUACCAAGUGUUCAAGAGAUGGUCAUGAAGGACCCUCUGCAGGUUCCUGAAAGAUACAUUAGGAAUGAAGAGGAGAUGCAAAAGAAACUAGACAUGUUUCAUCUUUCAUCCCAAGUUCCAAUUAUUGAUCUAUCCUUGCUCUCGAAAGGGGACGAAGAGGAGCUCGUGAAACUUGACUUGGCUUGCAAGGAAUGGGGAUUUUUCAAGGUGGUAAAUCAUGGAGUGGAAAGCGAAGUAUUAAAGGCGAUGAAGGACGCUACGGUUCAGUUCUUUGAGCUUCCUUUGGAAGAGAAGAACAAGAUUUCAAUGCCACCUGAUGACAUACAAGGCUAUGGCCAUGCAUAUGUGGUAUCUGAAGAUCAGAUACUGGAUUGGUCUGAUGCACUUAUUUUGCUCGUCUACCCUUCCCGGUUUAGGAAGCUUAGCAUCUGGCCAACCGAGCCAAAGGGAUUCAAGGAAGCUAUAGACGCCUAUUCAACUGAACUCAAAAGGGUAGCACUGGAGCUGCUAGGUUCUCUAUCUUUAGUCAUGGGAAUGGACAAAGGCUCUCUCCUUGAGCUGCAUAAAGAGUUGUUGCAGGGCAUACGCGUGAACUACUAUCCCCCUUGUCGCAUGGCAGAUAAAGUGCUGGGAAUUAGUCCACAUUCAGACACAAGCACCAUAACCAUACUCAUGCAAGAUGACGACGUCACAGGGUUAGAGAUUCGACACCAAGAAGGAUGGGUGCCGGUUAAGCCAGUUCCAAAUGCUUUGGUUGUCAAUGUCGGCGAUGUCAUGGAGAUACUGAGUAAUGGCAAGUACAAGAGCAUAGAACACAGAGCUGUGACAAACGAGAGAAAGACAAGAUUAUCUUAUGCAACAUUUUUCAUUCCAAGAGAUGAAGUGGAAAUUGGACCACUUGAUCACAUGAUAGAGUCACAAGGUUCUCUUCCCAUGAACAAGAAAGUCAAAUAUGGAGAAUAUGUAAGGCAGUCCAUGAAGAUGAAACAUGAUGGAAAGGCCCACACCCAGAUGGCAAAGACUUGA